CUGUCUUUUGUGACGACCAAUUUUACUGUGUUUUAAAAUGGUUGUUAAAAGGCCGUUGUUACUAUGGCUACAGUUGUUGGCUGCACGUCAAUUUACGAAUCAGCCUGCUCCUCCUGAAUGGGAUUACCGGGAUACAAAUAGCUGGGUUGCAGAUUAUCCGCAAUGUGGAGGAACACGACAAUCACCGAUAAAUUUGGACAAUCGCGGUAUUAUUGAGUCAAAUAUUCCCCCAUUGCAAUUCCAAAACUACGCAAAGUCUUUUUCUCGUGGACUAACAUUGGUAAAUAACGGACUUAGAGCGGACAUCGCAAUACCCGAAACUGUUCGUGGCACACGACCAACCAUUAGCGGUGGCCUGCUGAAUGAUGUCUACGAAGCACAAUCGGUGCAUUUCCAUUGGGGCUCGCCAGGUGGUGUUAAGGGCUCUGAACAUACUGUAAACGGCAACCAUUAUGAUGCCGAAAUUCAUAUUGUGCAUAAAAAUAUGAAGUACGGCAAUGAAGAAGAGGCUAUGCGAUUUCCAGACGGUCUGGCUGUGCUAGGCAUUAUGAUUAAGAUUGCGGAUAACCCUAACAGGUACUAUCCGGGUCUGAAUAAGGUUUUAAACAAAUUACCGAUAAUUGCAGUGGCUGGAACUAAUACAACUAUGAAUCACAAAUUAGCUCUCAACCACUUCCUAGGGGAUGUAGAUACGACUAAUUUUUUCGCCUACAGAGGCUCACUUACCACACCACCCUGCUCGGAGGGAGUUGCAUGGCAUGUCUUUCCGAAACCACUUUUAGUAUCACGCGAAAUGAUUCAAAAGUUAUUCCUACUAAGACAGAAAAGUGGCGCACCGCUAUUCAAUAACUUCCGGCCUCUGCAAGCGCUGAACGGACGUGCAGUAUAUAGAGGCAAAGGACAGAUAUAA